UUCGCACCCGAUUAAAUAAUAACAGAAAACAACGCAUCGGUUAUCAGGCAUUCGAUAAACGUAUAAUGCUCUGUGUGAAACUCGUUUAGUAUAAUGAGCGAUUGAUUAUUUGCUUUGUAACCUUCGACCAUACGUACUAUGGUCGAUAUAUGUAUACAUAGACGAGUGUAUAUGGUGGAAGUUGUAACCAUUUGAGACUGUGUCGAAAUUUCUUCGUCAAUAACUCUCGAAUGUGUGCGUCAUCAGCUGAUGCAUACUACGGAGGUCAGGUAACAACAACAUUAGACGCAUCUGAUAAGGUCUUCGAGUUGUUUGUCAUCGCGUUUCGUGCUUGUAGUCACGUCAAUGGUUAUUUUAAAUUCUGUGGUUAAUUGUGGAGCGUAAAUCUAAGAAAAUUUCAAUGUGAUUGAAGUUUAAGUAGCAAGAUCGUUUGGUGAACGAUGCGCUUGUAUUUUAUUUGUGCGAUUAUUUCUUUGUAUUGUAUUUCACCCGUGAAACCUCGGCACUUCGUAAACAAACAAAUAUCACCCGUUAUAUUAGUUCCAGGCGAUGGAGGCAGUCAAGUCGAAGCAAAACUCAAUAAGACCACUGCUGUACAUUAUUUGUGCGAGAAGAUUUCCACAGGCUACUUCAAUAUUUGGUUAAACUUGGAGUUACUUGUUCCGGUUAUUAUAGAUUGCUGGAUUGAUAAUAUGAAAUUAAUUUAUGACAACGUAACUAGAACGACAAGAAAUCAAGAUGGUGUUGACAUACGUAUACCAGGUUGGGGAGAUCCGUUCUCUGUUGAGUAUUUGGAUCCAAGUAAGGCUUCUCUUGGAUCAUAUUUUAAGGACAUUGGUAAUAUGUUAGUCGAUCAACUUGGAUAUGUUAGAAACCAAUCUAUACGUGCCGCACCUUACGAUUUCAGAAAAGCACCUAACGAGCACGAAGAAUUUUUCAAAAAACUAAAAGAUUUAGUUGAAGAGACAUACAACGCGAAUAAGCAAGUUCCAGUAACAUUAAUAGCUCACAGUAUGGGUGGACCAAUGACGCUUAUAUUCUUACAACGUCAAAGUCAAAAGUGGAAGGACAAAUACAUCAAUUGUUUCAUUACACUGGCAGCUGUUUGGGGUGGUAGUGUCAAGGCACUCAAAGUUUUUGCAAUUGGAGAUGAUUUAGGCGCAUAUCUUCUACGUCAAACGACUCUCAAAGAUGAACAAAUCACUAGUCCUAGUCUGGGGUGGUUGCUACCCUCCAGUUUAUUUUGGAAGGAAACAGAGGUAUUAGUGGAAUCAGCACAGAGGAACUAUACACUGUCCACCUUAAAAGAUUACUUAAUAGAUAUAAAUGUUCCAAAUGGAUGGGAAUUUAGAAAAGAUAACGAGAAAUACCAAUUAAAUUUUGCUGCUCCAGGAGUUGAGGUACACUGUCUAUACGGAAUCGGCAUAGACACAGUACAAAGACUAUAUUAUAAACCCGGUACAUCAAUAGAAGGUACUCCUAAGUUACUUCCGGGUGAUGGCGAUGGUACCGUAAACUUACGAAGUUUGGAGGGUUGCAAACACUGGAAGGGUCAACAAAAGCAAAAAGUUUAUUCUCAAGGAUUUCCUGGUAUUGAUCAUAUGGAUAUUCUCAGAAAUGUUAAGGUUGUAAAUUAUAUUAAAACUGUUUUAGCAGUAUAAUCUUAACAUCCGAACAAGUUUGUUUUCUUCCAAUCAUCAGUUUAUUGCCAAAUUGAUAUUAUAGAAAAAUAAUAUAGUAUAAUUACCUCA